AGAAUUAUCUACUGAACACAAAGUCGUAUAAAAAUUUAGCAUAUACUCCUAUUUUACUACAAACAGAAGCCAUAUUUGAAUCAUUGUAACAAAUGUGACAAUUACAUUUCAACAACCUGUAUGUAACUAUCUUAUUUUGCUUGCCCUUAUCUUUACCUAUUUAAAUCAUUUGGAUUUUUUUUUCCACCUAAUUAUUUAUUGGUGCAUGUGAUGAUCAUUACAACUUUUAUGGGUUCGAAACUACAUUAACUUCAUAAUUACAUAAAACGCAGUAAAUCGAACCAAACCGAAAACCGGUAUUACUACGAACAAGGUUAGAAGUCAAAAACAGGCAAGUCCGACGUUAAUUGAGAGUCCCACAAAACAGUUAAAAAGUAGUAGUCUUAUAAAUGCAAUGUACUGAAUAAUUAAAUUUAAACUGACGGAAACUUACAUAAACGCAUUAAAAAGAGAAGAAGAAAAAACAAUAAUACAUAACGCAUUGUUGAAGAAGCUUUAGCCCAAAAAAAAAAAAAACUCUGAUUUGACCAUUCCUCCUUGUUCACCACCAAUCGCAACUUUCUCCAAAUCUCGAUUCCACCAUUCUCCCCGAUUGCCGCAUAAGAAUCCUCAAAUCGAAUCAGAUCGAAGUGGGACUUCCCAAAAUCCGAUGAAGAUGGCGGCGAACGGCCGAUUAUUCACGAUCGGGAUCGUCGCGUCGUGGUACUCGUCCAACAUCGGAGUGCUGUUACUAAACAAGUACCUCCUCAGCAACUACGGGUUCAAGUACCCGAUCUUCCUCACCAUGUGCCACAUGACCGCCUGCUCCCUCCUCAGCUACGUGGCCAUCGCGUGGAUGAAGAUGGUCCCUAUGCAGACGAUCAGGUCCCGCGUCCAGUUCCUCAAGAUCGCGGCGCUGAGCCUCGUCUUCUGCGUCUCCGUGGUGUUCGGGAACAUCUCCCUCAGGUUUCUCCCCGUCUCGUUCAACCAGGCCAUCGGCGCCACGACGCCGUUUUUCACCGCCGUGUUUGCGUAUUUGAUUACGUUGAAGAAGGAGGCCUGGUUGACUUAUGUUACGCUCGUGCCCGUUGUCACUGGUGUUGUUAUUGCUAGUGGGAGUGAACCAAGUUUCCACCUGUUUGGAUUCAUAAUGUGCGUUGCAGCCACAGCUGCGAGAGCACUUAAAUCAGUUCUUCAAGGGAUUUUGCUAUCUUCAGAAGGGGAGAAGCUAAACUCCAUGAAUCUCCUCCUCUACAUGGCUCCCAUAGCGGUUGUGUUCCUUCUUCCGGCUACCCUUAUCAUGGAGAAGAACGUUGUUGGCAUCACAAUUGCACUCGCCAGAGACGAUUUCAGAAUCGUUUGGUAUCUGCUAUUCAACUCGGCGCUUGCUUAUUUCGUGAACUUGACUAACUUCUUAGUCACAAAACACACCAGCGCUCUGACACUCCAGGUGCUAGGAAACGCCAAAGGAGCAGUAGCAGUGGUGGUAUCGAUCCUAAUAUUCAAGAAUCCUGUCUCAGUGACUGGAAUGUUAGGCUACUCGCUAACUGUCAUUGGAGUAAUCCUCUACAGUGAAGCCAAGAAACGAAGCAAAUGAAGUUAAAGAAACCUCUUCAAUUUUUAUUUGUUAGGUCCUUGCAGGUAAAACACACAAGGCAAAGUUCCUUUUGCUGGACCAGAAGCAAAAGGAUGUGUAAAGGCAACACCAAAGGAUCAGAGUACCCAUAAGCAAUAAGUGAUUUUUGUUUCCUUCUUUUAAUUUUUGUUUACGGAUCUUCUACAGCUUUUGUCUUAGGUUGUUCUAAGAGUAACUUCGAUGUAGCUUCCUUUUUUUUUGGUCGAUUCUUUACAUCUUUUGUGAUACAACAUUUAUAACACUGAUUAAUUAAUGGAAAAGACGAGUUUUUUUUUUUC